AUGUCGAACGGUAUGAGCCUCCGACCCAAGGUGCCUCCAGCGUUCGAGUCGAGAGAAGACAUCAACCCUACUCUCUUGAUGAGCUGGUGGGCCACUGGGUUCUCGGUCAUCAUUAUCGUGGUGAGACUCUGUGGGCGCUAUGUUCGGGUCGAGCGCUUCUUCACUGAAGAUAAGGUGAUGAUGCUGAGCUUGAUCCCGCUGGCGAUUCGCAUGGUCUUUGUUCAUUUUGUCUUGACGCUGGGUACCAACAAUGUCCAGACCGCCGGGCUUACUGCGCAUCAAGUUACAGACAGAGAAUUGGGAAGUAAGCUUGUUUUGUGUGCUCGGAUAUUCUAUGCGAUCUUCAUUUGGACCGCCAAAUUAACCGUCUGUGAAUUCCUGAAGCGAGUCACUGGCGUGGUCUGGCGCAAGUCAGUCGCAAUUUUCCUUCGAUUCAUCCACUUCUUCCUCGCCUCGACCCUCAUUGCCGUUGUCAUCGCGACGCUGGCCGAAUGCGUACCUUUCGACCACUACUGGCAGGUCAUUCCAGAUCCAGGCCCUUCCUGCCGAUGCGGAUAUGCACAACUAAUCACCAUGGGUACUUGCGAUGUUAUCACUGACCUACUCCUCGUCGCUUUUCCCGUCCCCAUAAUCUUGACGGCUCAGAUGCCGCUCAAGCGCAAAAUCUCUCUGGUCCUCCUAUUCUGCCUGUCGCUGCUCCUGGUCGGAAUCACAUGCUAUCGGGUUCCAUCAGUGAUCCAACGGGGGGGAGAUCAACCAUAUCGCUCUCUCAUCGCAUCACUCGAAAUUCUAGCUGCGACAGCCGUCUCCAAUGCACUCGUCAUUGGCUCCUUUGUCCGCGACCGUGGCGCCAAGAAACUGAAAUACAAGCGACAUUUGGGUUCUGCUUCUGUCACAGAGAGCGUCGACGGUAGCUAUAUGCGCAGAAACACUGUCAUGCAGAAACAAUGGGGCAGCGACUGCGACCUCGCCGCGGAUCUAGGUAUGCGCCUCGAUCCGGAUCUGUGCCCCAAAGAAUCAAUUCCAAGCGAUGCUACGAGCCCAGUGCAAGCACCAUCGGCACCUAUCCAGGUCGCUCGCACUGGAUCUAUAGACCAUUCCUGGUCAUUCCGAAACAGCCGCCAAGCAGAGGACGAUUGUAUCUCAAUCACGGACAGCCUUGACCGGAAGAUCAGCCCACACGACUAUAUCAGGAACGAGCAAAACCCCUCGAGAAAGAGAAAUGCCGACCCCUUCAACAGUCUCCUCCCGCCGGCACCUGCUGGAGCGCAGGCACGGAGCACGAGAACUUUCCUGGAAGAUCUUGGUGUCAUUUCACCUCGGUCCCCUGUUUCUCCUUCCACACAACCCCAAUCCUCGCCCCCCGCAUCCAGCGUGCAGCAAAUAACACAUCUUCUUCCACCGUAUCGCGUUUCUCCGCAACCUUCCAUGGACGUCGAGCUCCAUGAUGUUGGCGGGCUACUUGGAAGUCGCUCGGGUACUCGUCCUUGA